AAUGGAAAUCACCUUAAAAAGGUCUAUUUAAAAAGUGGGAAUUUAUCGAUAGUAUUGGACCUUUAUAAAUAAGUAUAUUUCAAAUUUAAUAUUUUCGCUACAAUUUUUAAUUUUAAUAGUUACGAUCUCCAGCUGCUUCAAGAAUUGGAAUAUGAUCAAAAUGGAGUCAGUGCCAAAUAGAUCGAUAUUGUUCUGUAAUGUUACGUAUUGUUGCUGAUUUUUCUAUUUAUUGCAUAAUAAAUAGAGCAUGGAAUGGAUGGAUCAUGUCCACUUUUGCUUCCAUCCUUUGAGGAAAAGGACAAUUCUGAAACUUCAUAUUCAUCUCAAAAGAUUGGUCUAUAUAGGCCAACAUCAGAUACUAUUGAUUUAGGAUAUCAUACAUUAGAUAAUAAUGCUUGCCGUUCAUCAUCUGCGUCAACUAUUAUACCAGUUCCAAUUAGACAACAAAUUUUAUUGCAACAGAAGUGCAUUUAUGUAACAGAUUUGUGUCAAUUGGAUGAUACUUUAUUAUUGAAGAUAUUUAGUUGGUUGGGUACCAGAGAUCUAUGUUCCAUUGCUCAAACCUGCAGACGUCUUUGGGAAAUAGCAUGGCAUCCAUCUCUUUGGAAAGAAGUAGAAAUAAGAUAUCCACAAAAUGCAACAAUUGCAUUAAAUGCUUUAACCAGACGAGGAUGUCAUACAUAUAUUCGUCGUUUAAUAAUUGAAGGUGCUAUUGGUUUAACUGGAAUUUUUGCCCAAUUACCAUUUUUAAGCUUAACUUCAUUAGUUCUACGACAUUCUCGACGUGUUACAGACACAAAUGUGACAGUCAUUUUAGAUAAUUGCAUACAUCUAAAAGAAUUGGACUUAACAGGAUGUAUUAGUAUAACAAGAGCAUGUAGUCGAAUAACUACAUUACAGUUACAAUCAUUAGAUCUUAGUGAUUGUCAUGAUGUGGAAGAUUCUGGCUUAGUAUUGACAUUGUCUCGCAUGCCACAUCUUGCUUGUUUGUACUUACGACGAUGUGUGCGUAUAACUGAUGCAACUCUUAUUGCAAUUGCCUCUUAUUGUGGCAGCUUGCGCCAAUUAUCUGUUUCGGAUUGUGUAAAAAUCACUGAUUUUGGAGUACGUGAAUUAGCAGCACGUCUUGGCCCAUCUUUGCGUUAUUUUUCAGUAGGGAAAUGUGAUCGUGUAUCAGAUGCUGGUCUAUUAGUUGUUGCUAGGCAUUGUUAUAAAUUGAGAUAUUUAAAUGCUCGUGGCUGUGAAGCACUUAGUGAUAGUGCUACGUUAGCUUUGGCACGUGGAUGCCCACGUUUAAGAGCUCUUGAUAUAGGAAAAUGUGAUAUUGGUGAUGCAACUCUUGAAGCCCUUUCUACUGGUUGUCCAAAUUUGAAAAAAUUAUCCUUGUGUGGUUGUGAACGUGUCACAGAUGCUGGAUUAGAAGCAUUAGCAUAUUAUGUACGAGGAUUAAGACAACUCAAUAUUGGUGAAUGUUCUAGAGUUACAUGGGUUGGAUACAGAGCAGUAAAACACUAUUGCCGUAGAUGCAUUAUAGAACACACAAAUCCUGGUUUUUCAAGCUGAGUCUUUUAAACUAUUUUUUGCUAAUAUUAUUUACAAUCUAUUUAUUAACAAUAUUUUUGUAUAUUUUAGUAUUUUAUAUACA